UUGCUGAACGCUGAUUGGCUGCUGCUAAGCGGUUGCUAGGAGAGAUCAAAGACGCGUCGGAGAGAAGCAGCUUGGGAAGUGAAACGUUUCGACAAAACAAAAAUGAAGCGUGUUUUCACGCUGUCAGAAAAGUCCUGGUCUGGAUCAUGUUUGCAAUACAAAUGGCAGAAAACAGUAGGAAACUAUCUUGCAGUUGCAGGCCCUGACAAUUUAGUAAAAAUAUUUGAUCGGCAUGGGCAGAAGGUGAAUGAGUUGAAUCUCCCAGGGAACUGUGUGUCUCUCGACUGGGAUAAAGAUGGCGAUAUCUUGGCUGUGCUUGCUGAGAAGUCCAGUUCUGUUUACUUGUGGGAUGCAAAUGUUAACAAGACCUCACAGCUGGACAGCGGCAUGAAAGAUCAGAUGUCGUUCCUGCUCUGGUCCAGAACUGGGCCGCUGUUGGCUGUUGGCACAUCUAAAGGAAACCUGCUCAUCUACAACCAGCAAACCUCACGCAAGAUUCCAGUUCUGGGUAAGCACACAAAGAAAAUCACUUGUGGCUGUUGGAGCUCCCAUAACCUGCUGGCUUUGGGCAGCGAAGACCGCAGCAUAACCAUCAGCAACCACGAGGGAGACACCAUUCGACAGACUUCUGUGAGAGCAGAUCCUGCAGAUGUUCAGUUCUCAGUGAUGAAAACAGACGAGAGAUCAUCUCCAGGAGAAAGCACUGUGAGUGUGGCUUUGGGAAAGAAGACCCUGUUUCUGUUUAAUCUGAAUGACCCUGAUAACCCCAUAGAACUGGCAUUCCAGCAGCGUUACGGCAACAUCAUCUCCUACCGCUGGUAUGGGGAUGGCUAUAUCAUGAUUGGCUUUUCACAUGGCUACUUUGUGGUCAUUUCCACACAUAUCCGUGAGAUUGGCCAAGAGUUGUUUCAAGCGCACAAUCAUAAAGACAGCCUGACUAGCAUCGCCAUCUCACAGUCUCUAAACAAGGCUGCGUCCUGCGGGGACAACUGUAUUAAGAUACACGACUUGACUGAUCUGAAGGAAAUGUAUGCUAUAGUCACUCUGGAUGAGGAGACCAAAGGCCUUGAUCAGAUGUGUUGGACUGAUGACGGCCAGCUGCUCGCUGUAUCUUCUCAGCAGGGAUCUUUGCACGUCUUCCUCACCAAGCUGCCAAUAUUGGGAGACAGCAGUGGCACUAGAAUCGCUUAUCUUACAUCGCUGCUGGAAGUUACAGUCGACAACCAGGUGGAAGGGGAGCCCCCCGUUGCUAUUGCAGUGGAAGUAGAGCCUAGUUUCAUAGCUGUUGGACCAUAUCAUGUUGCUGUAGGCAUGAAUAACAGAGCAUGGUUUUAUGCAUUAGGAGACAGUGGUGUGGAGCGUGUAAAAGACACCGAGUAUUUAGGAACAGUGGCCAGUAUGUGUCUGAACUGUGACUAUGCUGCUGCCUUGUUUGAGGGGAAGGUCCAGUUGCAUGUGAUUGAUGGAGAUGAGCAGGUUGUUCAGGAGGACAGACAGACGAAACUGUUCCCAGAAGCCGAUCAGAAAUACCGCAUACUCAGUCAUGCUCUCACCUCUGAGUUUCUGUAUUAUGGGACGGACACCGGCUUGAUUCAGUGUUUUUAUUUUGAAGACUGGCAAAGUGUGAAUGAGUAUCGGCACACAGUGGGUGUACGCAAAGUCUUUCCAGACCCCAAUGGAACACGUCUCGUUUUUAUUGAUGAAAAAAGUGACAGCUUCCUAUAUUGCCCGGUGAAUGAUUCCGUGUUUGAGAUCCCAGACUUCUCUCCUGCCAUUAAAGGGGUAUUGUGGGAAAACUGGUUCGGCAAUAAAGGCGUGUUUGUGGCGUAUGAGGAAGACAAAGUUUACACGUAUGCCUUCCACAAAGACACCAUACAGGGUUCUAAAGUGAUUCUAGUAGGUGCCACCAAGUUGCCAUUUUCCCAUAAGCCCUUGCUGUUGCAUAACGGGGAGCUGACAUGUCAGACCCAGAGUGGGAAGAUUAAUAGUGUGGUUCUGAACACACAUUCAUUCCUCAACAACCCACACAGUGACACCAGUAAAGACAAACUCCAGCCGUUACUGCAACAGGCUGUUAUGCUCAAAAGGUUUUCUGAUGCGUGGAAUAUCUGUAAAGCUUUGAACAGAAGCGAGGCAUGGAGUGAGCUGGGCAGGGCAUGUCUUCAUCACAUGGAGGUGGAACUGGCCAUCAGAGUAUACCGCAUGAUGGGAAACGUCGGCAUGGUCAUGUCCCUAGAGGACAUCAAGGGAAUUGAAGAUCAAAAUUUGCUGGCUGGUCAUUUGGCCAUGUUCUGCAACGACUACAACCGAGCCCAGGACUUGUAUCUGACUUCUUCUUAUCCGAUGGCAGCUUUGGAGAUGAGAAGGGACCUGCAGCAUUGGGACAGUGCAUUACAGCUGGCCAAAAGACUGGACCCUGAUGAGAUCCCAUUUAUUUCUAAAGAAUAUGCCAUACAGCUCGAAUUUGUUGGAGAUUAUACAAAUGCACUGGCUCACUACGAGAAAGGCAUAACAGGAAACAAUAAGUUCCAGGAUCAUGAUGAGAGCUGUCUGGCAGGAGUGGCUCGUAUGUCCAUUCGUAUGGGUGACAUCCGUAGAGGAGCCAACCAGGCCAUCAAACACCCCAGCAGAGCUCUGAAGAAAGACUGUGGAGCCAUUCUGGAAAGCAUGAAGCAAUAUUCAGAAGCGGCUCAGCUGUAUGAGAAAGGCCAGUACUAUGACAAAGCUGCCUCUGUCUACAUACGCUGCAAGAACUGGGCAAAGGUGGGCGAGCUUUUGCCCCAUGUGACUUCCCCAAAGAUUCACCUGCAGUACGCCAAGGCAAAAGAGGCGGACGGCAAAUAUAAAGAGGCAGCAAUGGCCUAUGAGAGUGCACGAGACUGGGACAACGUCAUUCGGAUCCUACUGGAGCAUCUUAACAGCCCUGAGGAUGCUGUCCGCAUCGUACGAGAAACUCAGUCCAUCGAAGGAGCCAAAAUGGUGGCCAGGUUCUUCCUGCGUUUGAGUGAUUAUGGCUCAGCGAUCCAGUUCCUGGUUUUGUCACGUUGCAGCGAUGAAGCUUUCCAGCUCGCCCAGCAGCACGGGCAGAUGGAGGUCUACGCUGACAUCAUCGGUUCGGAGGCUACAGUAGAGGACUAUCAGAGCAUAGCGCUGUAUUUUGAGGGGGAGAAGAAUCAUCUUCAGGCUGGGAAGUUCUUCCAGAAGUGUGGACAGUACAGCAGGGCGCUGAAGCACUUCUUGAAAUGUCCUAGCUCUGAUGACAGUUUGUCCAUAGAGAUGGCCAUUGAGACAGUAGGGGAAGCAAAGGAUGAAGCUCUGACCAAUCAGCUUAUUGAUUAUCUGAUGGGGGAAAGUGACGGAAUGCCAAAGGAUGCUAAAUAUCUGUUCCGGUUGUACAUGGCUCUCAAACAGUACAGAGAGGCGGCGAGAACUGCUAUUAUUAUCGCCAGAGAGGAGCAAUCUGCAGGAAACUACAGGAAUGCCCAUGAUGUGUUGUUCAGCAUGUAUGCUGAGCUUCAGACGCAGAACAUUAAGAUCCCUGCAGAGAUGGCCACAAACCUGAUGAUCCUGCACAGCUACAUACUAGUGAAGAUCCAUGUCAAAAGAGGAGAUCAUUUAAAGGGGGCACGAAUGCUCAUCCGUGUGUCCAACAACAUCAGCAGAUUCCCGUCCCACAUUGUCCCCAUCCUCACAUCAGCGGUGAUUGAAUGUCAUCGUGCUGGAUUAAGAAACUCUGCCUUCAGCUUUGCCUCUAUGCUGAUGAGACCAGAAUAUCGAAACAAGAUUGAUCUCAAAUACAAGAAGAAGAUCGAGGCCAUGGUCCGUCGUCCAGAUACUUCAGAGCUGGAGGAGGAGAGCUCCCCCUGUCCCUCCUGUGGCUUCGGUCUGCCUGACUGUGAGCUGCUCUGUCCCGGCUGUAAAAACAAUCUGCCUUACUGUAUCGCCACAGGUCGUCACAUGGUCAAGGAGGAUUGGUGUGUGUGCCCACACUGUGAUUUCCCCGCUCUCUAUUCACAGUUCACCCAACUCUUAGAGACCGAGUCGGUGUGUCCCAUGUGCUCUGAGCCUUUAAAUGUCAGUGAGGUGAAGAAAACCUCAGACUGCUCCAGAUAUCUGCAGCAGGACCAACUGGAGCACUGAGGACCAGAGAUCAAGAGAGGAUUGUUUCCUGUCUACUGAAUUUUGAGAAGUCAGGAAUGAUCAUCUUUUAUUCAACAUUAAAAAAUAUUUCUUUUAUUUAUUUACCAGUAUUGUAGCAAUUUGCAAUCAUGGUUUAUUAAUCUUAA